AUGGCAACUCCUGCAAGAAAGAGACUAAUGUGGGACUUCAAGAGACUGCAGAAAGACCCACCCGUUGGGAUAAGUGGAGUUCCACAAGAUUACAAUAUCAUGCAUUGGAAUGCUCUCAUCUUUGGACCUGACGACAGUCCAUGGGAUGGAGGUACUUUCAAGUUGACUAUUCAGUUCACCGAGGACUAUCCAAACAAACUUCCAGUAGUCCGGUUUGUUUCAAGGAUGUUUCAUCCAAACAUUUACGCUGAUGGAAGCAUUUGCUUGGAUAUCUUACAAAACCAAUGGAGCCCAAUAUACGACGUUGCUGCAAUUCUCACGUCGAUACAGUCUCUGCUUUGUGACCCAAACCCUAAUUCGCCAGCAAACUCGGAGGCUGCAAGGUUGUUCAGUGAGAACAAGCGAGAGUAUAACAGGAAAGUAAUGGAGGUCGUGGAGCAAAGCUAUCUCAAUAUUGCUAUGAAGAAGAAUUCGAUGAGGAAGAACAAGAAAUUGGUAGUAAAUAUCGCUCAAAAAAAAGAAGCUCUUGCUUCAAAGUCGGUGGGAGCUGACCAUGAUCUCGGUUCCUCAAGAGAUGAGGAUCAAAGCAAAAUUGAAUCAUCAGAGAGACGAAAAUACGUGUUUCACAAGGUUUAUUCCAUUGAUGAAGAUGAGGCAAUUGAUGAUGUUAGAGAUGGAGUGAUGCGUGAGGUUGAGGUUGGUACAGGUUUAUCAGGCGCAUUAAAGCGUCUCAGAGAGCAAGGAACUUUCAAGGAGAAGAAAGGCAAGCUUGUUGUUGGAGGUGUUACGGACAAUUAUGGAGAUGACAGAUUCAGAGAUGCUUUUAAGGACAUUCGGAUUGAGAGAGUGGAUGAGCAUGGCAGGAUGUUGAAUGCGAGAGAAGCGUUUCGGUUACUGUGUCACAGAUUCCAUGGGAAGAAACCUGGGAAGAGGAAGGUAGGAAAACGGAAUAGGAAACACCAAGAUCAGUCGAAGCAGAUGGAAUCUUCAGAAAGAGCUGUGGAAAAAAUGAGACAACUUCAUGCCGGUUUAAAGACUCCUUACAUUGUUCUUUUAUCUUUUCCUGAUUCUUGA